AUGUCUACUCCCCCAAGCCCUAUAUCGCCAACCCAGGCGCACACCGGAGAAUGCAGUGCUACACCGAAGCGUUCUGUAUCUGAAAUCAUCGCAGAAACGUUUCCCGCUUUUGACCAUCGCACUGCGAUUGUGGAGCCCUUCGACGAGGAAUCCAAGCGAGAUGCCGAAUUCUUGCAAAAAGUUAAUACUAUGCUACUUGAGGUUAUGCUGGAGUUCCACGCGUGGUCCACCUCUCGCCCUACAUACGAAAGCGAUCGGACCGCGGAUGCACUUGAGAAGGAGGUCAAGGCUGUAAUGGAAUUGGAGAGAGAACAAGGCAUGUCUUUACAGUUACCGCCCAUGUCGCUCAUCGACUUCGAUAUCGACCGCGGUGCCCAGCUCACAUAUCAGUUCCCGCAACCUCUGGGCACUGAUGAAGGUCUCUUGGCCAACUUGAUGCUCCCCGACGGCGCUGAGAAGCAGCCGGAAGAUUGGACUAUAUUCUUCCUCAACCAAACGCCGUUCAAUACUAUCUCACCUAUCCUCGCACUGGAAUUUCCCGAUGUCAACGGACCGCCUGUGGAUGGGAGUGACCGGGAUGGAAAUGAUGCGGACGACGAGCCGCAAGAACUGCUGUACGUGUUGAAUUUGGUGCGGACAAAACUAGAUAAAACUGCGCGAAGAGGUGCUGUCGUGAAGGCGAUGGCUAUAUGCACGCGACACCCCUUCAUACAAAUAUUCAAGCCGGUUCUCUUGAUGGCAUUGGACGACUAUUUCACGAACCCAUCGCAAGACUGCCUGUCUCGUUUGUUCGAUGCUGUUAACUGCAUGGACAUUUCGAUGGCUCCGGCACUGAGUCGCUACGAGAAGCUCAUAAUGCGUACAUCUGAGCGCAAGGAUGUGUUCGUCGAGAAAUUCGACGACUAUCUUCAGGAAAUCAUAGGCGACCCUGGGACGGCGACACAGCACAACGUCAACUCUACUCGUCAAGCGCAUCGUACCAGUGCAUCGUACGAUUCUAACGCUAGCUUUGAGGAAGGAAUCCUAAUGCGAGCCCGAGAAGACAAGGAGAAUGAUGGUAUGAGAGGGAGGGAUCUGAACCGGUCUGAUAGUCUCAAAGUCGCACAGAACAGGAACCAGUAUUCUCCGUCCGAGACAUCAUUUUCCCUCGAUGGCAGCGCAGUGUGGGUCGGCAAUGAAAGUGGAUUGGACCAGGUCGGCGGAACGACUAACGGUGCUACUUAUCGUGAUCGCGCAUCUACGGAUGCAUCAUCUUCAUCUCACGGCCGGAACGAGCCUGCCCCUGGGUCCACUGCUGCCGGUGUUGCUAUGUCAAUUCUCAAAGAUUCACAUUUUUUCCCCACCACAGUCGAUUUCAACGACCAUCACCUACCAAUCAAGAUACCCCUGUCAACAUUCCCUGAAGAGGUUGGUGAUUAUUCCCUCAUUCAGCUCGUCCAGACGUUCUCCGGUCCAACUGCGUCAUCGCUUGGGCCUUUACAUCCACACUUGCAUACCAAUGGUGCCUUGACGCCGCCUAUCAUAGUCCUCUUCAAUGCCCUCGUGACUGGCAAACGGAUAAUUUUCAUGGGUCACCAUAGACCAGCUGGCCAGGUUUCGAGUUAUGUUCUAUCCGCUUGUGCUCUCGGCUCUGGUUGUGGCAUUGUCUUGAGAGGAUUUAUCAAGCGCGCAUUUCCGUAUGCCAAUCUGACAAAUCGCGAAGAGUGGGAAUCAAUCUCAGGCUACAUUGCCGGUGUUACGAAUCCGAUAUUUGAAGCGUCUGGUUCGUGGGACUUAUUAUGCGACGUGGGUACUGGUCGAAUGGUUGUGUCCAAGAACAUCCAUCUUGACUAUCCUACAAACCCUAUCUUGACGUCGAGCCAAUUGGUUAUGCGCACUGGUACCCUCAAAGCGGAAGCGUCGGCUGGUAGCGAAGAGGACAUAGUGCGCGCAAGUAAAGAUGCAGGCAACUCACAGCGUGCCGAGUUUUCAAGCAAGGCCGACAGCUCAGAUAAUUUGUUUAUGGAAGACAUUCUGUCUGCAAUAUCUUCUCACUUUGGAGAAGCUCACGUGCGGGCGCGAUUCACUGAGUAUGCGGGACGCUUUGUGCGACUCGCAGCCCGCUACGAAGAAGACACUAUGGGAUCGACUAUGAUCGGUUACCCGAGCGCUACAUACUCCGAACGACCUGGUGAGCCCAGACGUUUGGGCAGUGGUAUCGACUUCGUCGACGAAGGAAUGUGUAUGCGGGAAAUUGCAGUAAAUGCAAGCCGAAUUGAAGCUUGGAGAAGAACCGAGAGUUACACGUUGUUCCAAAUUGAUUUCCGGCAAACAUUGAUUACAGACCCAAUGCAAGGGUUCGAUGUCGUUCAUCAGCUCUGGAGACUACGCCACACGAAGAAAAUAUCUGAUGGGGAAGCGGAGCUCAUUAUGCGAUCGCUGGCUGAAAAUGUGCAGGAUUAUGAUCAAGUCACGCAGUUGUUGUCCCUUAUGCCACCUCACCACAAUGGGCUAUUGCCAUUGAGCUAUGGGCUAUUCCAUCAAAAUGAGAUUGUGCGGGAGUUGACUAUUGAUAUUUUUAACGAGCUUCGCACAUAUCCGAUUGGGGUACAGUUCCUCCAAGGAUUGAAUCAUUUCCAGCGAUAUGCCUAUGUCAGACAAGCUCAUGCAAGGGAAGCGCGUCUGCUCAAAGAUCAAAACACGCUCAUCAUACCUCCCGUUCCACAUAUGUCUCGCACGCCAUCCAAUAUCAGCGAUUACAGCGCAGGGGGUGGCUAA